AUGGCAUCGCACCGUAUGGCCCUCGGGCUGCAAUUUGCGAGGUGGGGAAGCCCUGCAUACACACUUUCUCCACAUGAUCGUCCUUCCAUAAGAAAAUCCAAAGUGAUUGUGGAAAAUAAAAUGUCCGAAUUGGAAAAGAAACCACCCACGGAAGAUGAUCUUGAUGACUUGGAUGACUUGUUGGACGAUUUUGCCAACGAUGUCUUGAGUAAACCUCCUGGUGGUACUACGGCGUCAGUAGCCAAUACCACCAGUGGAGAUGGUUCAGGUGAGCCCGACCAGCCAUUGAAGAAUGAAAUUGACCAAGGAAUUGAAGAAUUGAUCAAGGAUUUGAAGAUUGAAGAUCCUGAGACCAAAGCACAAUUUGAAACUCUUGUAAAGCAAUUUGAAGAGGAUCGUAAAGAUGAACUGAAAGACCCCAAGAAAUUCGAAAAUGUCAUGGAGGAAGCUAUGCAGAGAUUAAGGGACUCUGGUAAGAAUAUUGAUGAACAGAUCAAGAACGACCAGUCGUCAUCAAAUCCUGAAGAUGUUCUCACUCAGAUGCUUGCUGGACUCGGUGGAGGUGAUGGAGAUAUGGAUAUGUCCAAGAUGCUUGUAGACAUGUUAGAGCAACUAUCAUCCAAGGAAGUACUUUAUGAACCCAUCAAGGACUUAAAUACCAAGUUUCCUGAUUAUCUCAAGGAAAAGAAGGGAGUUAUAACCGAUGCAGAAUAUGAUAAUUAUUCAAAGCAGUAUGAAAUCACCACCUCCAUAGUGACCAUAUUCGAAAACGCCAAUUAUUCGGACGAAGACAAGGUGAAGCGAGACGAAGUCAAUUCUUUGCUUGAAAAAUUGCAAGAGUUGGGUCAACCUCCAACAGAACUUGUAGGAGAUGCUAGUACAUUUCCAGGGUUCGGUGGUGGACUAGGCGGUGAUGGAGUUCCUGGAGGAUUGGACUUUAAUGAUAAAGACUUGCCUCCCGACUUGGAAAAGCAGCUUGAGGAAGGAUGCAAGCAGACAUAG